UGAAAGUUGUGGAACUAUAACUUGUGACAGCAGGUGCUUCUUAUUUGGUAAGCCAGCCAUUUGUGCUUCUGAAUGACUAAGGAGAUGCAGGAGGCCUCGGUGGAGAUUUAGCAAAGCCACCAACUGCAGACUGCACCAUGGACCUAAAGCUGGACCCUUCCCGCGAUGACCUGCCUCUCAUGGCCAACACCAGCCACUUGCUCGUGAAGCACUACGUACUAGAUUUGGAUGUGGAUUUUGGAAGCCGGAUCAUUGAGGGCACCAUAGUUCUUUUCUUUGGAGAGGGAAGCAGCUUUGAAAAACGGGCGGGUUCCACCCAGGAAGCAUUCCAGGUGGAGUCAGAGGAAGACCGCACAUUUAGGGCAACUGAGCCACGCCAUGUUCCUGAGACGGCUGCAAGUACCUUCUCACCUCAGAUGGGAUGCAGUGAAUGUGCAGCCUGUGGUAAAGGUGAUCAAGAUGCCUUUGAUAACGAUGGUAACCAUGACAACUGGGAACAUGCUUCUGAGAUCUCUAGCUCAAAGUAUUGCUGUGGCGCAGGGAAUCAUGGGAGAGAGGAUUUCUUGCUAGUGUUGGACUGCUGUGAUUUGUCUGUGCUGAAGGUAGAGGAGGUGGAUGUGGCCGCCGUGCCAGGCCUUGAGAGAUUUACAAAGGCUCCCAAGCUCGCAGCUUCUCCUGAGAAGCUCAGGCAUGAGAUUGUCCGUGAACUUGUGGCUCUGCCUGCAGAAGUUUGGAGGGAGCAGCUAGAAUGCUACACCCGUUGCAGCCAGGCCCCUGGCUGUGGGGAGCUCUUCUUUGACACUGACAAUUGGAGCCUACAGAUCAGGAAGCCGGGAGCUCAGGCAGCUGCUGACUUUCCUCGGGCCAUCAGGGUAUGGUACAAAACUAAACCCGAGGGGCAGUCAGUGACUUGGACCUCAGACCAGAGUGGCAGGCCGUGCGUUUAUACCAUGGGAUCCCCCAUCAACAACAGGGCCCUGUUUCCAUGCCAGGAGCCACCCGUUGCCAUGUCAACAUGGCAGGCCACAGUCCGAGCAGCUGCACCUUCUGUUGUUUUAAUGAGUGGGGAAAAUUCUGCCAAGCCCACACCGCUUCCAGAAGUCUGCUCAAGCUGGCAUUACUACGUGACCAUGCCAAUGCCAGCCUCUACCUUCACAAUUGCAGUGGGUUACUGGACAGAAGUGAAGCCCAAGACAUCCCCAUCAGAUGAUCCGGAGGCAGAGCGCCCUCUCCUGCCUUUGAAAGCUGACUCCAGGUAUGCUGACCCCUGCAGUCAUGUAGACUACCCGUGCCGGUUCCAGGAUCCCUCUGCUGCCACGCAGGACACCAUUCCUCAUCGCGUGUUCGCCCCCCUGUGCCUCGAAGGCGCCUGCCGCGAGGCCCUGCUGUGGCUGGUUCCUCCUUGCCUCUCAACUGCAUACUCUGUCCUGGGAACGCACCCUUUCUCCCGGCUGGACAUACUCAUUGUCCCUGCCAACUUUCCCAGUCUGGGGAUGGCCAGCCCACACAUCAUCUUCCUCUCCCAGAGCACCUUAACAGGCACGAGCCAUCUCUGUGGGACCCGUCUCUGCCAUGAAAUCGCUCACGCCUGGUUUGGCCUAGCCAUCGGGGCCCGAGACUGGACGGAAGAGUGGCUCAGCGAAGGGUUCGCCACUCACUUGGAAGAUGUGUUUUGGGCUGAAGCACAGAAGCUGCCCCCACAUGAGGCCCUGGAGCAGCAGGAGCUGAGGGCCUGCCUGCGCUGGCGUCGCCUGCAGGAUGAGCUGCGGAACUCCCCAGAGGAAAUGCAGGUGUUGAGACCCAACAAAGAGGAGACCGGCCUUGUGAGUGCUUCUGGCGCAUCUGUUGUCAAACAUGGACUCAACCCGGAGAAGGGCUUCAUGCAGGUCCAUUACUUAAAGGGUUACUUCCUUCUUCGAUUCCUAGCCAGAACACUUGGAAAGGACACUUAUUUUUCAUUUUUAAGAAAAUUUGUACACCUGUUUCAUGGGAAGUUGAUUCUUUCUCAGGAUUUCCUUCAAAUGCUGUUGGAGAGCAUUCCAGAAGACAAAAGGCUCGGCCUGUCUGUUGAGAACAUCGUCCGUGAUUGGCUUGAGUGUUCCGGAAUACCUAAGGCGCUGCAGGAGGAGCGCGAGGCCGAGGACUGCGCGCCCACUGGGCUGCUGGCACGGCGAGUGGGCGCAGAGGUGGCGAAGUGGAUUCGACUGAACCGCAGACCCCGAAAACGCAAGCGAGGGAAGCGAGAAGCCGCCUUUGAAAAGCUUUCUCCAGAUGAGAUCAUCUUGCUUCUGGAGUGUCUGUUAGAGCAGAAGACCCUGAGCCCCCAGACACUGCAAUGCCUCCAGCAGACGUACGGCCUCCAGGAGCAGGACGCAGAGGUUCGCCAUCGAUGGUGUGAGCUGGUCGUUAAGCACAAGCAUACAAAAGCAUAUGAGCAGGUGGCGAGGUUCCUGCGGGAGGACCAGGCCAUGGGUGUGUACCUCUAUGGGGAGCUGAUGGUGAGCGAGGAUGCCAGGCAGCAGCAGCUCGCCCACAGGUGCUUUGAGCUGGUGAAGGAACACAUGGACAGAGCCUCAGCCCAGGUGGUGUCUGAAAUGCUGUCUUAAAGAGGUAAUUCUCCCCUUCCUGUUCUCUCCGGACU